GCUAAUGAGGAAAAGAAUGCAGUUGACUUUAGACCUUGGCAGAGACAAGCAAGGGGAACAAAAUUGCUCUCUUUUUUCCUCCUCUCCUGCUUAAUUUCUCUUUCUUUCCAGCUAGACAGGACUGCUCUCCACUGGGCUGCAGGAGCUGGCCAUGAACAGGCAGUCCGCCUCCUCCUGGAACACGAGGCCGGCGUGAAUGAUGAAGACAGUUUUGGGAUGAGCGCGCUUCUUCUGUCUGCUUGGUUCGGUCAUUUACGUGUCCUUCAGAUUCUGGUCAAUGCCGGUGCUAAAACCAACUCUGUAAAUAAGAUGGGCAGGACAGCCCUUCACCUGGCUGCAGAGAAGGGGCAGGUGGAGGUAGUGGAGUUUCUCCUGGCCCUGGGCUCUUCUCACAGCAUCAAAGACAAGGAAGGGAUGACUUCCCUGCAUUUAGCUGCUGAGGGAGGUCACAAUGAUUGCAUCCAUCUCCUUCUAGAAGCUGGCUGUGAAGUCAAUGCCCAAACGCAGAAACAAAUGACCUGCCUUCAUUAUGCUGCACUGAAUGGCUAUGUAGAUAUGGCCAAAACCUUCCUUGGUGCAGGAAUCCAAACAGAUGCUCUGAAUUACGAGAAGAACAUGGCUCUUCAUUUGGCAGCUAUGAAUGGACAUGCAGACGUAUUACAGAAACUUCUAGAAGUUGGCGUGGAUCCGGAUGACAAGAAUGCAAGGCAACAGAGUCCUCUUCAUAUUGCUGCGGAGCACGGAAGGCAAGAUAUUGCUGAGUUGAUCCUCAUGGCUGGGGUGAAUUUAAAAUUAACCGAUAAGCAAGGAAAAACAUCACUGGACGUAGCUGCUCGUGGGAACCACAUCACUUUGGCUGAUAUGAUCAUCAAAGCGGAUAGGUUUUACAAGUGGGAAAAAGAUAACCUCAACAGCGACUCUGAUUCCUGGAUAACAGAACGUUUAACUUUCAAGCAAGACCAUCGGCUGGAAACGCAACAUAUCCGUUCGGUGAUAUGGCGGCUGGCAACCAAAUACCUCAAGGCCAAUGAGUGGAAGAAACUUGCACAUUAUUGGAAAUUCACGGAGGCGCAUAUCCGGGCCAUUGAACACCAGUGGACAGGCACCAAAAGCUACCGAGAACACGGCCAUCGGAUGCUGCUGAUUUGGCUUCAUGGGGCCAUCAUGGCAGGAGACAACCCAAUCAAAGGAUUGUAUGAAGGGUUGGUUGGCAUUGGGAGGAGCGAUUUAGCAGAAAGUAUCCGGAAACAAGCGAAUGCAGAUUCGCCCGCAUCUCCACGCAGGUGUUCAGCAAUGUGAAGCUCCAAGGUGCUACACAACAAGGCUCCAUGCAACUCUGCCAGAGGUUUCUUUCAGAACUUUGCAUCCAAAGGGCCACCGUUUCCAAGGGCUUCUUGCCAUCUUGAAUGGCAACCUUUCCAAUCCAGGUCAGGUCGGCAUAAACCGUUUUACGGGCAGACUCUAAAUCACAGCAAUGCAUCUGUAGGGCCUCAGUUGGAGAGAAGGGGAAAUAACGGAUUUUAUCCUCCUCCAUUGCUCCCCCCCGAGGUCUGAAACAAGGUCUAAAGCUGACUUUACAAGGGUUUUUAUCUGUUCUUAGCAUUGCCAUAUGAUCCCAUUGAUUUAAUGUUUAUGGAGAUUCUCGGCCAGCCCAUUGACCCGUUUACACCUCUUUAUACAUGUCCUUCAUUGGGAAAAUCUCAUGGUGACGUUCAUCAUCCAUCCACCUUCUUGCUGUUCUGUGUUGUAGUAAGACAACUAAUGCCUCUAAAACUCUUGACUACACCUCACACCACAGCACCAAUUGCAAACCAGCAUUGCUAAGGACGAUCAUCGCUCUGGUGCUAAUAAGCCCCUCUUUGGUCCAGAGUUAACUUGUUUCUGUCCUAUUCACAUUGCUCUCUUUGUUUUCCAAUUAAGAGUUCAUAAAGGCGUGUUUCCUUCAAUGGAAACUUAUCCUAAAAGCAUGCUUUGUAGGCAGACACAUGGGUCAGAAUGUUCUGCAAUAAUCUGGCAGUUCAACUUUAUAGAUUAAUCCAAGUUUCGAAAGUUGUGCCAUGUUUACUUUUUGAGUGACUGUUCAAAAAAAAAAAUAGAGAAGCGGGGAUUUUAUGCCUCUUCCUCCCAACACAUAGAUAAAAGUAAAGGUUUCCCUCGUACAUAUGUGGUAGUCAUUCCCAAGUCUCUGCUCAUCUCAGUUU